GCGUUGUAUCUCCAUUGAGAAAGGUUACGUAUUGUGAUAGAUGUGAAGAGAACAUAAUUGUGAUGAAAACGCCGUGUAGUCGGAAUUAAAAUGGCGGACGAUUGCGGUACUUUAUCUAUCUAGUGACUUUACCCGUGGUAACUCCGGGCCAUUGCUGGCAAGUAGUAACGCCGAUGUAAUCGGCUCCAAGUCCAUGUUCUCGCCCCUUGUUCUACGCGUCGACUUCCCAUUCACGCGCAUAUCCAGCGACGCAACCGGAAGAGCACCGCCGCGUGCCAGAGGGGGAUCUCGCGACGACGCACGCUGUACCCGGGAGGCAGGAGCGUUUACGCGGCGGGCGGACGGCAUCGCGUCGUCGGUGCGGUAGCGUUUAAACGGCGCGAGACGGGCGGCGGGCGUGGGUCCGUCAUCGUCGGUUGUCACGUUCAAGUAGUCGAGUUCGUAUCUGAGCGGGCGUCUACGCCGAUCGACUAAUCGACGAUGGACGGGGGCAAGGGGGACGACGCGAAGAUGUGCAGGCUUUGCGGCCAGUACGAGAGGAUUUACAUCGACGUGUUCGGCGAGGAGGGCGUCAAGCGCUUCCUGGGCCGCAAGAUCCACACAAAAAUCAACAUACAAAUAGAUGAGAAGGAUCCUCUGCCUAAGGCGAUCUGUGUACAAUGUCUGGGCAAGCUCGAAUUCGUUUGCGACUUCCAAGAGGAGUGUCUGCGUACCCAACAGGUGUUACGCGAUCGGUACAAUCCGCAGCCAGUAGUAACAGAGUCUGUAGAAAUAAAGGAUGAAGACUCAACUUCGUCGGCAGGCACAUCGUCGUUGGACAAUAAGAACAGUAUUGAAAAAGCUCUUGAUUCCAAUAGCAAUGAACCCGAGGAAAGCCAGGGUGUAGUCGGCGUGGUCGUCGUCUCGAUAGAGCAGCAGAAAAAGAGGCCUUCCACCUCCAAAACUCCUGCGCCAAGAAGCCUCCGCAGUCAGCAGCAGCAAGCGCAAUCUUCCAAAUACAGCAACGGGACUAACGCGGAAAAGAGCGCGCGGAAUCAUGGCCAGAGUACGGAAAUGUCGCCGACCCGCUGGCUCAGAAGCAGGCAGAGCGCGGACUCGUCGCCCACCACGGACAACGAGAAAAUGCGGAGUAGGCUGAGGAGUCGCGACAUCGUGGAGCAGACUCGAUCCGCAAACAGCAACGUUGAGGAAAUCGACACGGAUAUGGACACGCAAAGCUCGCAGCACGAUCCAUCGACGAUUCAGUUGCCGACCUCGGCAUUGAACAAGUUGCUGACGAUCGUCUCCGGUUCUCCCGAUAUCGAGGUCUCCGUGAAAGAGACGAAAAAUCGGAACAGCGACGCCGAGGACAUUAGCUUUACGGUGGAGCUGUGCAAAAAGCAGAACGACGAUGUAAUAACGGUGCGCGCGCGAGUUUUACCCGAUCAGGGCUACUGCCUGGUCGACACGGUGAUCAUGGAUCUGCUGCGCAGCGAGGACAGCACGGAGGUGAACGAUAUCGUCAACAACAUCCUCAGCGGCACGUCCGCGAAGAGCGGCAAUGGCGCGGCGGCGGCGGCCAAGCUGAAGGACCUGGUGGAAUUGGAGCAACGAUUAGAGGCUACGCACCCCGAGGAGCUCUUCAGGAUCGACGGUGAGGAGAUCAAGGUGGACGACAACGUGGAGCAGGUGAUGAACGAGCAGACCGGCUACGCGUGCAAACUCUGCCGCAAGUUCUACGAGCGUCGCGACAAGUGCACGGUGCACGUGAAGACGCACCUCGGUAUCAAGCAGUACACCUGCGUAGUCUGCAGUGCCAAGUUCGUCUGCAAGUCCGACGUGAUGAAGCACAUCCGAUGCUCGCACACGAACCCCAGGCCGAUACAGUGCCCGAAAUGCCCGAAGCGGUUCAAGUCCAAGUUUUAUCUAGCCGAGCACGACAACGUUCACAAAGGGGUGCGCCCGUAUAGCUGCACGGAUUGCGGGCAGAGCUACCACCACAAGGUGUCGCUGCAGAUCCACAUGAAGUCGCACCUGCCGCCGCAGAAUCUCGCCUGCGAGUACUGCGGUAAGGUGUUCCCGUUCCGCACGCGGUUGCUCGGCCACAUCGCGAGCGUUCACAUGAAGAAGCGGCGGAACUUCCGCUGUCGCUUCUGCUACAAUCUCUACUCGAGCCUGGCGGUGCUGAACGAGCACAUCAAGACGCGUCACGCGACCACGUACACGUGCGAAACGUGCGGGAAAACGUUCAAGGUCUCCUCCAAGUACAAGGCGCACGUGAUGCAGCACUCCAAUCCCAAGCCGUUCGUGUGCCACAUUUGCAACAACCGCUACGCGUCCAAGGCGUUCCUCAACGAGCAUUUGCUGAAGCACGAAGGUCUGCGCAAGCACGUAUGCCAAGAGUGCGGCGCGCGCUUCGCGCAAGCCAGCCACCUGGCCGCCCACCGCCACGUGCAUGGCGAAAAGAGGCACGCGUGCCCGGAGUGCGGUAAGAAGUUCAACCGGCGCGAUAACAUGAAAGUGCACCGCAAGCGACACUUCGAGGAGAAGACUGGCAAGCGAAAAACCGUUGCCGAGGCGACCGCGUUGAACGCGUCCGCUAACGAGAAAUAGCGGUGUGAAGACCCAAUGGUGAUGAGAGAUCAUCACUGGAGAGAACAGAAAAGACUAAAGAUUUUCAUAGAGGUCUACGGAUACGAUGAUUGCGAACGGUCGGAGAGCGAAAUUCCGAGACUGGACACGUAGCGAGAGACCAUGGUAGAUAGACGAUUGCUCAAGCAUGACGGCCUUUGUCUCCGGUUCUCCCGAUAUCGAAGUCUGCGUGAGAGAGACGAAAAAUAGACGGAAUAUGCCGAGGACGUUUACGGCGGAGUUGUGCGAAAAGCAGAAUGACGAUGGUGCACCAUGUCCUAGUGCUUCACCGAAUUCCCCGGAUCGUCUCUGACGUUCUUCUUAGCUUUAGCAAUAACCGUAGUAAUACGUCUUCCCUUUCCUCUACAAGAAUUAAGUUCUACUCUUUCCACGCAUACAUUUCCCUUAAAAAACUUAUUUCCAGAAUUAAAAUCGAUUAAGAUCCACGAAUAAACUUUCUUUGCAGUUCCGUAAUUGCUUUCUCCUGUUUUUGUCUUUGGAUGAUAGUUGAUCAUCGAUUUUCGGACGUGCAUGGAAUGGUUUCUCGGCACGUUUGAUUCCAUUCGAAUAUUUACAGAAAUAUCAAUAUAUUAUUAUAUUUCUAGUGAAUAUCAAUCUCAAUAAUUAUGAAUCCAGAUUGAUAAUAAAAAAAUUAUGUACACGUCUUAUCCUUAAAUAUUUCCUUUUCUGAGAACAGUGAAUAUUUGGAUAGUAUCCAUUAGAUCUUAAUAUAACUUUAACAUAGAUAUUGCUUUUUUUAUGCCUGUUCACAGCCAAGAAUAUAAUAAUCCGAGGAUAAUAAUUACAUAACUUUAUUAUGAAUUUGUGAAUUCAAUGAGCAUGCAGAGCAUAUGACCAGGGAUAGGGCUUCCAAACCAAUAAUCCCACGGAGAUAUUUUCUAUGUCUUUAUACAUGUUGUGUUCAUGAAAAAACAAAAUUGUGAUGACGCCUCUCGAAUCAGGCUUUUCGAUCAUUUUUUGGAAUACCUUUUACAUUAACCAUCAUUAUAUUAAAAGUAUAUGCAUGAUUAUAUGUAGAAAGGUAUAAGAAUAACUAUUGGGUUAUAACCAAAGUUCGUAGCAUUAUUUAAGCGAAAUUCCAAGCAUAUAUACAUGUGCAUAAAUAUUUAUUCAAAUACAUAUACACCAUCUUGUUCUACUAACAUUUGCUAUCUUUGUGAUAGCUUCAUGAUUCCAUCUUUCCAAAAUUUAUCAUUUUUUUAAUUAAAAAAAUUAAGCAACGCUACUUUUGUUAUAAUCCAAUAUAAUUCAUUAAAUGUAUAUAUAUUUAAUGAACAAAAUGUACAUAUAUAUACGUUUUGUAAAAUGUAUAUGUCACGUAUAUUUUGUUCAGUAAUACUGAUAUAAAACUGAUGUAAGGAUAGUCCAAGUGCCUUGAUCCAAAUUUUUGAUAUUAAAAAUCAAUCUAUCGCGCGAAGAAAGUAUGAUUACGUUUAAUAAAUACAUUAUAAAUAGUGAUUUGUUUUUAAUUAAAUUAAGAGAGCUAGACAGAACGUGACAACAAAGCAUGAAUUAUAAUUGGAUAUUGUAAACUACGAGUUAAUUAUAAAUAUUAAGAAAAGGAAGAUUUCUGCUGUGCGACUACUAUAGCACACGCUCUGCUGCAAGCGAGAUUAUAAUUAGCCGCUUAAUUAAUAUUGUAAUUAAUAAUUAAUUGAAAUCUUCUUUAUACCUAAGUUAAACGAUAAGCAACACGCACUAUUUUGUACAUGUAUAAUCAGAUAAAAUUCCUUCUCUUCGACGAAAAUAUUCAUGUUAUUAAUGAUCGCGUAAUUGGUAAGCGACGUAUGUAGAAUACAAUUCUCACUUAGAGACACACUUGUUUAAAGAUUCCAUUCUUCUCUUAAUAAAGGUACGAUAUUUUUGAGA